AGCAAGCAAUGACGUCCACCGCACAUCCCUGCCAUCCCUCCCUCCCUCCACUCACUCCACUCACCCCCUAGCUUAGCUGUAUCAGCAUGCUCUAUACACACCAACACCCACACCAUCGCAGGCAGACGCACCUGACUUCUGAGAGAGUACUGACUGGGUGGAGGGAAGGGUGCACACAGCCAGCCAAGAACCAUCAUCGCCCGAGCAAAAGGCGACGAGAGCAAGAAACGACUCAAGAGGAGAAAAGAGAGACCAGUGUGUGUUGCUUGCUUACUCUACCAGACACCCACCCACCCCCGAUGACACCGACAGAAAAACGUCCAAAACACGGCGCGGUUCAUCCAUCCAUCCAUCCAUCUAUCCAUCGCUCAGGCGAACUAUUAGGCUGCGACAGCAACACUUCCCUCAGUUCCUGCCUCAUCGGCAACGGCAGAACCUCCCUCCCCCUCCCCCUUGUCGAUGCCUUGCACAUCAUCACUGCCCUGGCCAUCUCUGAUAUCAUCGCCCGUCUCGUCUACUGCAGUGUCGUUGUCAGAGUGCACCCCGGCAGCGAGCGCCUCAUCUGCUCUAAUAAGGGCAGGACGCUCCGGUGCCGGUGCAGCGUCAGAGGCAUUCCUCGGGGGCUCAGGCGGUGCCAAAAUGUCCGCCUGACCCACCGCCGGUGUGCCGCUUUCUUGUUUGCUGCUUGCGGUUUUCUGCCGUGACGCAGCAUCAUCAGUCGACUCGCGUCUUGUUCUUGUCUGCCCAUUCUGCCCUUUCAGAGCCGUCUUGCUCGCCUUGCUCCUGCCGGUUCUCUGGCGCCGGUCGGGCCUGGUCGAGGGCGAGGGUGUGGACGAUGCCCGCAGCACAUUCGGGACCUUCCAGAGAAGCGUCCGCAGCUCUGAGCCCGCGACGGUCAUGGGUGCGAAGAGGGUGGCCUCGUGCAGCCGGUGGUGGUGGUCGUUGGGCUCCUCAUGCUCUGGAAUCUGGCGUAUCUUGAGGGGCAUGAGGAACUGAAGUAUGACGACGGCCCCAAUGGUUGUGAUAAUCAAGCGCAGCAGCUGGCCUGGAGUCAUCCUCGAUAGCAGCACCAGGGGGGAGGUGAUGGCCUGGGGGGAGGGGGAGGCGGAUGGUGACGACGAGAGAGGCAGGAAAGCCUCGCCUUGCGCGGCAUAGUAGGUGUGAAGAAAUCGAAUGAGCAUCAAAAUGCGGACUUCGUCGAACACGACGAGGAGUUGAA